AUGACAGAGGCUGUGACGAAAGAUUUUGGAAGGAUUGACAUCCUCGUGCAUUCUCUUGCCAAUGGACCAGAGGUAACGAAGCCACUCUUGGAGACAUCUAGAAGAGGGUAUCUUGCUACAAUUUCAGCUUCGAGUUACUCUUUUGUCUCCCUGCUUCGGCACUUUCUUCCAAUAAUGAAUCCAGGCAAGCGGUGCUUCAAUAUCUUUGACAUACAUAGCUUCCGAAAGGGCAAUCCCAGGAUACGGAGGUGGAAUGAGCUCAGCAAAAGCUGCAUUGGAGAGCGAUACAAAAGUGCUGGCUUUUGAACUGCACUUGCUUGCCACAAAGCAUCAGAUGUUUCAUCUGAUUCCAACACCU